AUGGCUUUUACCACCGAGGUGGAGUUUGACCAGGCAUAUGCCAGUGUCCGAGCCGCCUUCACCUCGGGUCGCACGAAGAGCAAAGAUUGGAGACGCCAUCAGCUCAAGAGAGCCUGGUGGAUGGUCGAGGAUAACAAGAGUCGCAUUCUUGAUGCCCUUCGUGCCGACUUAAACAAGCAUCCUCUGGAAGCUAUGCUGGGGGAACUUACGGGCCUCCAGAAUGACAUUUUGCGUACCCUUGACAAGCUGGACGAAUGGACGAAGGAUGAGAAGCCUACACGAUGGGAUCCCAUCAACUUCUUGGGCGGAACAGUAGUCCGUCAAGAGCCAUUGGGCGUGUCAUUGAUUAUUGGCGCUUGGAACUUCCCUUUCAUGCUGACAUUACAACCCUUGGUCGCUGCCAUUGCCGCUGGCUGUGCGGUGGUUCUAAAGCCAUCCGAGGUUGCACAAGCCUCUCAGGAUCUCCUGAUGGAAAUCAUCCCUAAAUACCUGGAUCGCGACGCCAUUCAAUGCAUCAGUGCAGGGCCUUUGGAAAUGAAGCAUAUUCUUGAAACUCGCCAAGAUUGUGUAUACUGCUGCUGCCAAACAUUUGACACCGGUCACUUUGGAAUUGGGAGCCAAGGGCCUGCAAUUGUUGCUCCUUCUGCGGACAUUGACCUCGCGGCGAAACAUGUUGCUUGGGCUAAGUUUAUGAACGCUGGACAGGUUUGCAUUAACGUGAAUCACGUCCUCAUCGACCCCAGAAUACGUGAAGCUUUUGUAACAAGACUGAUCCACUACUUCGAUGAGUUCACUGGCGGUCGAGAGAACCAACCAGACUACUGCAGUCGCAUCAUUAAUGAGCGAAAUUUCGAUCGUCUUGAGUCUCUUCUCGAUAGAACAUCCGGCAAGGUCAUUUACGGUGGAAUUCGCAACCGCCAAACUCGAUACUUCGGACCUACCAUUGUCGUGGACGUCAAUCCUGAUGAUUCUCUCCUAUCUGAAGAACUUUUCGGUCCCAUUCUGCCCAUCAUUGAUGCGGACCUUGAUGCCGCCAUCUCUUUCACUCGCAGUAAUGAGCACCCCUUAGCUCUCUACGCCUUUACCAACGUUGAGUCUGAGAAGACGCGCAUUCAGAACGAGACUGUUUCUGGUGGUGUGACAUUUAAUGACUGUAUCCUUCAUGCCGCUGCUCUUGAUGCACCUUUUGGUGGUGUAGGAAACUCAGGUAUUGGUUCCUAUCAUGGCAAGUACGGAAUCCUUGCUUUCUCGCAUCUUCGCACGUAUGCGAAUGCUAUUCCAACUUGGAUAGAAGGGGUUAUGGGUGCAAGAUAUCCUCCUUAUUCUGACGCAAACAUGAGGAAGCUAUCACCGCCUGUCAAGGCGCCUUUUGAUCGAGAAGGGAAUGAUAUAACUUCUCGCAGCAAAGUCCUGAGUACUGCGGCCACUCUGGCAGUUCUUGGUUUUUCAGUUUGGAUGUUCGGAGCGAGGGAGAAGCUACCGCCUUAUGCAAAGAACUGGUUGAGGAAGUGA